AUGGAGUAUGUUUGGAAUCAUUACGAAUCGCGCUCUAGCGCGACGCCAGACCAGGCGACAGUCGCGUCCCCUGCGAGAAGGGGUUCUUCGCCUUUCCUGCAGUCUCAUCGUUCCAGAACGUUCGUUUCCUUUCUCGUUGCCGUGUUGCUGGUCGCCGCGGCGUCAAUGCCUGACGCGUGCGUUGGUGCGCCGGGGGCGCGGCGCUCGUCGAAGGAGAAGCUCAGCAGCGAGGACAGGAUCAGGUCGCUGGAGAGUUUUCUGCGCGAAGACGAUGAGCUUGCCGGCAAUGAGGAGCUUCAACAAGAGUUGUCACGCGUGAAAAUGUACUUCAACCUGUACACAACGACCACGACGAAGCCGCCGCCUCAGAAUAUCGUAUUGGACGCGGGAAAGGAGAUCAGCAUGGGCGUGUGGAACGGCUUACUCGCGCCGUUCCGGCUCUUCAAGAAUCUGUUGACGAAACCCACGACGACGAUGGAGGCCGCCGCGAUGUCGGGAGGCAUGACGAUGUCCAAACUCGGGCACGCGCUGCGGGCGACGGUGAGCAGCGAAGAGAGCUCUGGCAGGCACUGGCGCGAACUGGGCCGCGACCUGGUGCGCGCGGCGACGAUGCAUCCCGAGAGGCAGCGCGAGCUCGAACGCCUCAGCCGCAUCCACAAGGCGCAGAUGCUGCAGGCGGGCAUCUACCGCACAGACGCUGAACAGGAGGAAGCCGACCGCCGGCUGAAGAUCGCCAUGGGGUACGACGAGAAAAAGAAGGCCGAAGCGCUCCGCGAGUAUGGAAAACAAAAGGAAAGAUACUUGAAAUACCAGAAACUGAGGGAACAAGAAGCCGCAGCCGCUGCUGGCAAAGUCAACGCGGACCAGCGAGAGGCCGGCGAAGGCCCCCGCGAGGCAGCUCACGGGCAGGACGAAGCAGCGACCCCCUCAGAGGAGGUGGGCGGUCUCUCGGAGGGUUCCGCCGCCAGCCUCAGUCAAUCGUCAGAGGAACCCGGUCUGCAGAAACAGGCGGACAGCACGAGGUGA